GUUCGGUAACAAAACAUAAUGAUUAGUGUAGUUGUCUUAAAACAUUUUAAAAAUGACAACAAAUAGAAGUCUUCUCAACGAGUUGUGUAUUUUCAAGGAUGUGUGGAGGAUUUACAGAUAUGGAAACACCAUGCAGACUAUCAAGUGUGUUGUUGUUGGUGACGGAGCCGUUGGUAAAACUUGCCUCCUCAUCUCCUACACCACAAACAAGUUUCCCUCAGAAUAUGUACCGACGGUAUUUGACAACUAUGCUGUAACGGUGAUGAUUGGUGGAGAACCUUAUACACUUGGACUUUUUGACACGGCAGGUCAGGAAGAUUACGACAGGCUUCGCCCUCUCAGUUAUCCACAGACCGACGUCUUCCUUGUGUGUUUCUCUGUGGUGUCUCCGUCAUCAUUUGAAAACGUCAAAGAAAAGUGGGUUCCAGAAAUAACGCAUCACUGUCAAAAAACGCCGUUUCUAUUAGUAGGCACACAGAUAGACUUGAGGGAUGAUGCUGGCACAAUUGAGAAGCUGGCUAAAAACAAACAAAAGCCAAUAUCAUUCGAGCAAGGGGAGAAGUUAGCCAAGGAACUGAAAGCCGUCAAAUAUGUCGAGUGCUCUGCCUUAACACAGAAAGGACUAAAGAAUGUCUUUGAUGAAGCUAUCUUAGCAGCACUGGAACCACCAGAGCAGAAAAAACCAAGAAAGUGUCGCAUACUGUAGGAGCCUGGGCUGCCAAGAAUGAAUGUGGGACGGCGACCAUCAGCAGUGCUGCCAACCUAAGCCAUAACAUCAGCGUUUGUAGCUAAGCACUGUGGACCCUCGGGUCCUUCAAAUUGUAAAUAAUUUAGCCUAGAAGUAAAUUUACUACAUUAUCGAUCCGUUUAAAAGAAUUGUCAAUGAUCUAUUAAUGCAUUUAUUCAGUCUCCCCGGCCCAGCCGCUGGACUUUCAAUAUGCGUAAAUUAAGUUCCAAUACGUUUAUCGAAACUGAAUAAACUCAUUAAUGCUACCAGAAGGAUGAUAGGAAAGAUCUUUCGGACCUAUAAUGUUUAUGGUACGAUUAGCUUAUAAGUAUUUUACACCACUAAACCAAUCAUAACGUUUUGUACAGAAUAAAACCCAGUUUAACACCUAAAUUUACCAGUUGUUGAAUACAAUUUUUUUAUCUUUUACAAUGACUGCUGUAUUAUUAACAGUAUAUUGUGUUUGGGCAUUUGUAUAGCCUAGAAGGAAAGUGUUAGGAUAAUGAAAAGAUAGAUAUAGUUUCAAAAGGUGUUUCUUCCUAUUGAGUAUUUCCCUCCUUUCUAAGUAUAAUUUAAACUUGGUGUUUUUGUAAUUGGAAUUUACGCCUUUGUACUAACCCUUAUUUAAAUCGAAUGUGUAUGUCACUCUUAAUUAUUAUUUUUUUUACUCCUUUUAUCACCUAAUCUGAUUUUUUCACCAUAAAGAACAGUUAUUUUCUUACAAAAACGAUGAGACGGUGUAUAGCUAAAAUGUUUGUAUUGGGAGAAAGACAGAGAGCAUUCAUAUUUUUAUAAAAAAGAAGAUAUACAGUAAGAGGUCUAUUUUGCCUUGUAGACAUAGUAUGGUGUAUGUUUGAAUUAUGUUAUUUAUUGCCUGAUUGAUUAUAUUUGUAUCGUUUUAGUUUGAAGGAUAAAUAAAAAAUUGUUUGCCUUUUCGCUUCUGCAAUUUUACAGCUCAUACUUAAAAAACACUUACACCUUAGUGUCUGUGGUUUUGUUUGAGGUUAGUAUAGUAAAACUUUUUAAAGCAACUCGAUAAAUCGUUGAAAUGUAGAUCAUGACAAUUUCGAUCCACUUUUUGUUAAGAAGGCUAAAUUUUCUGUUGACAGUUAGUCAGACUUAGUUACUUAAAAAAAAGAUCAAACAGAAGAAAUAAGCUAGUAAAUGAGGUUGUUAAAAGGAACCAAAUUCAGUAGAUUUCAUUUGGGUAACUUUUGUGCCAUACCGUUUGAAAUUGUGAUUGAAAUUUAUGAGCUUAUUUACAAAUGAGACCUGUAAUCUUAUGAUUAAAGCCUAAAAUGUUUUAAAUAGUUGAUAAACAAAUAGUAAAAUCGAGCACUGAUUAGAAAUGCAUUAAAAACUAGCAAAAAUGAAGACCUUAUUCUGUGAACUAUCUUUAGACAAAAUGAAUAAUAGCCUAGACUAACCAACACAAGAGAGUACAGUAGACUCCCUCUUAUCCGGACACCUUCUAACCGGACUACACUUGGCGGAAAUGACAUCUCUUUAACCCGGAAAAUUUUAUCAGCACAUUAGUUUAACUGGACUAGAUCGGCAGAAAGUGGGCGGCACUGAAAUGACUGUUCUCAUGGGAAAGAUUUGAGACCAGUGAUUUUGUGUCUAAAUACAAUGCUCUUCUAAAUUUAAGUCGAAUACUGUAUACAGUAUCCAUUUAAACAGUCCGUUUUAACAAGUUUUUGGGGACGACGGUUUAACCGGAAAAACUGUUAUCCGGACUAGCCUCGGUCCCGAGGAGUCCGCAUAAGAGGAUGUCUACUGUAUGUUUAAACUAUAAUAGUCUACAUGGUACAGUUUAGUUAUUAUUAUAGAUACAAUUAACUAAGGCUAGGUAGUACAAUUGGAUACACAAUCUUCUCUUCAACCUUAAAAUAACAAUUUUCUAGUUAAUAAAACUUAUAAAAUUCACAUUGAUUGACACAAAAAGGCAAAACUGAAAAUGGUUGAUAUACCAGUUGAUUAACCACCUAAACAUGUAAAGAAAAGGCUUGACUGAAUCCAGUAAAAGCUGUAUUUGUAAAAGCAUUCAUUAUUGUAAAUACUGAUUUGUAUAUAGUAAAAGUGAACAGAUUUUUUAUGUGUAAUGUCUAAAAUUGUGUUUAUAUCGGAGUUCCUCAAGGGAUAAUCAUUAAGUUUUGAUACCAUACAAAGACAAAAUAGCUCAACGUUAGCAGGCUCGGGUGGUCAGGGAAGUAAAUCGGCAUGAAGCAUAUCCAAGAUGUAAAAUGAUUUGUUAUUAAUAUUACAUUAAGAUUUAAAAUACAGUAAGGGGCAACACACUGCUAGAUUGAUGACUACCAUGUAACACAAAUCCUUUGAUAUUUAUUAAUAAAUAUAUACCUUAUUAUAAAAGAG